AUGAUAUAUGAUGAUUCAAUGGACACGGAAGAUCAGAAUUUGUUGACAUCGGCAACAUUUGAUGUCAACAAAUUUCGAUUGAGUAAUGAAAGCGAUGAACAAUGGUUCUACCGGAAACAAUUCAUCGAAGCAUAUCGAUUUGAGUACAACAAAGAAAGACUUUUGUGUUUGGCACAGUGCUAUGCUAAUACCAAAUGUCUUGGAUGUAAAUAUUCUGAACCGUUAAAAUCAUUACUGGAUCAAUUGUCAGAAAAAUUCUCAACUUCAUCAAUCAAACGAUCACCAUGUGAAGAACCAAUCGGUGUCAACAUCAAACGAAUCUCACCUAUGUCAAAUGUCAAUAAGUCUAGCAUGCAAUCAAAUGUUAAUUUUUCAAAUACAUCAAAUUUUGUAUCCUUUUCAUCGUCGCUUUCAUCACAUGUACCACCAUUACAACCUUCUCCGACUCAACAAAUCAUACCACCAAAAACUAAUCCGAAAACAUCACUGAACGAAUCUCCCGAAACCAAACUAACUCGUCUACGAGCGUUUACAAAUCAAUUGAAGCAAUCCCUAGAAGCUGCCCAGAAUCGAACGGGCAACAACGAAAACGAUCAUGCUAUCGAACACAUCUAUCAAGUUGGUACCCAACAACAUUUGUUUGUUGAUUAUCGACCUGAUGAACAAAAUGAUCAGUCGAAUUCCUAUAUUUCACCUGCAAAUGCUUUUCUAACUAAAACAUUUCGUAGCAAACUUUACAUCGACGAUGUUUAUAUCUGUGCUGGUGAAGGUACAAACAAAAAAUUUUGUAAACGCAAUUGUUUUCAGAAAGCACUGAAUCGGUUUCUCUACGAGAACUUCAAUGUCAAAAUGAGUGUCAGCAAAGAUGGACGGGAACAAUAUGAAUUGAUCACAGCAGUUGCGAAUAAUGUUCAAGAAGUAUCAGUUGUGUCAGAUGAUGAACAGGACAAAGAAACAUUUGCAAUUCCAACGAAUCAUCCAAUGGCCAAUACAAAAAUCAAUUUCGUUCAUGCAAGAGACACAUUAACUAUUGCUGGUCGCACAGCUCGCCAGCAAAGUGAACUUGAAAAACAAUACUGGCAGCAGUGGGGUCGAGGUGUGCCUAUGCCAUUGCAACCGAAACGUAUCCAACGAUCGCUAUCACCACCACCACCUGUUCCGCAUCUCAAAAUCGAGGACAAUUCACCGGCAGUGAUCGAAGGCUUGGCUACAACACCGGCUAGCAUUGCAAAUGUCAUUUCGGAAAUGGAACAUUUUGCAGAAAAACAACAGAAGCUCGAAUCAAUCAAUAAUCCAGAGUCAGUUCUUUUAAAAACAACUCUUCCAACGAAUAGUCGAGAAAUUGGCUCGAUUAUGAAUACACAAUCUACAUGUUCUGAAGCAGCGAGCAAUGCUAUUGAUCCAAACUUAUUAUCUCAACAACGUGCGAAACUAGCAAAAAUGCAACCGUUUCUGUUUAGUUUGUUGAAUUCUCUAGCUGAUGCAAGUCAUGCUAUUGAUUUGAUUUCCACACAAUGUAAUAAAUAUCAUCUACACGCGAAUUUUGAAUGUCCGGACAAAGCGACAUUGAAUGGUUUUCAUGGACAUUUGAUUGUGGAACAAAUCGAAGUUGCGGAUGGAUAUGGUUUGAAUAAGAAAUUAGCUAAGAAACAAGUUUAUUCGAAUGCAUUGAAGUCAAUUUCAUCAGCUAAAUCGUUUUCUCUUGAUUUACGUCAUCAAAUUCGUUGGACAUUAGUCUGUCAUGACGAAAGCUCAGGUUUAUUGAAAAUACCACUACCUCGUCGACCAAUGGCAGUACGUGAUGGUGAAGACCGACCAAGUCGUUGGGGACCACCAACAAAUCUAUCCGCUGUAACAUCUUCGUCAACAUCAGCAAUACGUUAUUUUCAUGAACGUCGUGUAGAAGAAGGUUCUCAACGUGAACGAGAAUAUCAAUCGACGAAUGGCAUUUGCAUUCCACCACCAGCCUUAAUCGAACCACCAUUAACACGUUCAGAUAUUGGCAAAGAUAUAAGCAAAUGCACUUCGUCAACAGACGAAGCGAUUGCGAAUAAUAUUCGUCGUUUAAUUCCAAAUACAUUCGUUGUUUUCGAACUGCUUGAUUUCGAUGAAAACAUUCCGGGUCAUUAUGUCUCAAUGUUAUUCACCUCGAUGUCAAAAAAUAAACUCGAGCUUAAAUAUGAAUUCGUCCAUGUACCAAAUGGUUGUAUGAUAACGUAUAGUAUUAACAAUCGCUUUUUUAUGUCAUGGAUUGCACCGACAAAAGUUGCCGCGAAACAAAUAGGAGCAAAGAAAGCGAUUGAAAUGUUAAAAACACUUUAUCCGAGUAUAAAAAGCAAACAUGUGGUUACUGAUAUGUCUAUGAACGAAAAUGAGAUUUCGGGUGUUAAAUGCCGAUUGAUUCGACGUGCUCAAUUGUACGAUCAUUCAUCUUCAGCGGCAUCACUGACGACAGCAAAUAAUAAUCUACCGCAAAAGGAAGAUAUGGGCUCGAAAUUAUUGAAAAAAAUGGGUUGGGUUGGUGGUGGGAUUGGUAAAGAUCUACAAGGCAUAGCUGAACCGAUUCAAAUCGAAGACUUACAAGGAAGAAAAGGUCUGGGUAGUAGCAGUCUGUUUCCAAACCAAACUUUUGUCAAGAAUUUACGACAGAUUUUGGAAGAAUUUAUUGCGACUAAUGAUGAUGAUGGAGAAUUACAAUUCGCCAACGAAUUCAAUAGUGAAGAAAGAAAAUCGAUUCACAAAGAAGCAAUGAAAUUGCAUUUAACAUCAAACUCCUAUGGUCGAGAUGGUGAACGACGUAUUCGUGUCACACAAAAACGUAAUGUCGAUCAACUUGUUGAUCAUCUAUUGACUCAUGGUGGUGAAACAGCGCGAUACGAAUUGAAAGUGCAAACCCAACCCAAAUUAAGAUCUUCGAAAAUCGCUCAACAAAAGUAUAGUCAAAUGGCUCCUCCGCCAUCUUCGCAAUGGCCAGCACCCGAUGCAUGUGAUGAUGGAAAUUUAUAUCAUGGUAGACGGCCUCGUUCAUCGUUGAAUAUGUUUCAUGUUGAACCAAGUGUUGGUCAACCUUGGCCAAAGCCUCAAUCCAUGCAGUCAACUCCUCAACAAUUUGCUAUACAUCCGUCUGCUUUCCAUUUUAUGAUCAAUUCGACAAGUCAAACUUGUGAUACCUUAACCAGUGCAUUUGAUCGUUAUUACAGAUUAAUCUUCUUUCCUCAAACUUAUUUCGACUAUAUUCUCAAUCCAGCAUCGGCAACCGAUGAUAAAAGUGAUAAACCAAAGAAAUCAUUAGCUGAUCUUCAUGAUGCGACUAUACUGAAACGAUUGAACAUUCACAUGCAACAACCUUGUGAACAAUAUCCAACUCUUGAAUCCGAUGAAUCAUAUACAUUAACAAUCAACACUGAUAAUUCUAUGCUAGAAUCUGUGUCAGUUUGGGGUGCUCUCCGUGGUUUGGAAACGUUUAGUCAACUUAUUUAUGCUGAUGAUGAUCUUGGGUUUGCUAUUAAUCAAACAGUGAUCAAUGACUUUCCUCGCUUUGCUCAUCGAGGGUUACUUCUCGAUACAUCGCGUCAUUUUAUCUCGGUGAAAACAUUGAAAAUGAAUUUAGAAGCUAUGGCUCAAAGUAAACUCAAUGUCUUUCACUUUCAUAUUGUUGAUGAUCAAUCAUUUCCAUAUGAAUCACGUACAUAUCCCGAACUGAGCGGCGCAGGAGCGUACAAUCAAGCCCAUGUCUAUUCGCAAGAUGAUAUUGCUGGUCUGAUUGAAUUCGCUCGUCAACGUGGUAUUCGUGUUGUUGUUGAAUUUGAUUCACCAGGUCAUACACAAUCGUGGGGAUUAGUUAUUGACGUACUGACACAUUGUUAUAGUGGCGGAAAACCUAAUAAUGAAUAUGGACCAAUGGAUCCGAGUCGAAAUUCAACAUUUGAUUUCUUGAAGAAAAUGUUCUCUGAAGUGGCCAAUGUCUUUCCUGAUCAUUACGUACAUUUAGGUGGUGAUGAAGUCGAUUUUGAUUGCUGGCGAAGUAACCCAAAUGUUCAAGCAUUUAUGCGUCAAAUGGAAUUUGGAAACGACUAUUCAUUACUUGAGCAAUAUUAUAUGCAAAAUGUAGUUGAUAUUGUUGGUUCAACAGGAAAAGGUUAUGCAGUUUGGCAAGAAAUUAUCGAUAAUAAUGUAACAGUUAAAGCUGAUACUGUCGUAGAAGUUUGGAAGGACCCAUAUCCUGAAGAAUUAGCACGUGUUACAAAACUAGGUUAUCGUACACUUUUAUCGACUUGCUGGUAUUUGAAUUAUAUAUCCUAUGGCAAAGAUUGGAUUCCAUAUUAUAAAUGUGAUCCACAUAAUUUUGUUGGCACUGAUGAACAAAAGAAAUUAGUUGUUGGUGGUGAAGCAUGUAUGUGGGGUGAAUUUAUCGAUGCGACCAAUGUCAUUCCAACAACAUGGCCACGAGCUGCGAUCGUUGCUGAACGUUUAUGGUCAUCGAAGAAUGUUACUGAUCCGAAUGCAGCCACGCCUCGCUUAGAAGAACAUCGUUGUCGAUCACUUCGACGUGGCAUUCCGGCAUCACCUGUCAACGGCCCGAGUUAUUGUGAUUAUGAAUAUGACCGUUAA